UGUCGCACUAGAAUGGCCGCACCGUUCUGAGACUGCGGAGAUCGGCGCGGCGGCGUCAAGAUGGCGGCAGCAGUGGCGGCGGCGGCGGCAGCGGCGGCCGCAGCUGCAUCCCUACAGGUGCUGGAGAUGGAGAGCAUGGAGACGGCCGCCGCCGGCUCAGCGGGGCUGGCCGCCGAGGUCCGAGGCAGCGGCACGGUGGACUUCGGGCCGGGGCCCGGCAUCUCUGCCAUGGAAGCAAGCGGGGGCGAUCCUGGCCCAGAGGCUGAGGACUUUGAGUGCAGCUCUCACUGCUCCGAGCUGUCCUGGCGGCAGAACGAGCAGCGGCGCCAAGGCCUCUUCUGCGACAUCACUCUGUGCUUCGGCGGCGCCGGAGGCCGCGAGUUCCGGGCCCACCGCUCGGUGCUCGCUGCCGCCACCGAGUACUUCACACCCCUGCUCUCCGGCCAGUUUUCCGAGUCGCGCUCGGGCCGGGUGGAGAUGCGCAAGUGGAGCUCGGAGCCGGGGCCGGAACCCGACACGGUGGAAGCCGUUAUCGAAUACAUGUACACCGGCCGCAUCCGCGUCAGCACUGGCAGUGUGCACGAGGUGCUGGAGUUGGCCGACAGAUUCUUAUUAAUUCGCUUAAAAGAAUUUUGUGGAGAAUUUCUCAAGAAAAAACUUCAUCUCUCAAAUUGUGUAGCCAUUCAUAGCUUAGCUCACAUGUAUACCCUGAGUCAACUUGCUCUAAAAGCUGCUGAUAUGAUACGGAGAAAUUUCUACAAAGUCAUUCAGGAUGAAGAAUUUUAUACUUUACCUUUCCAUCUCAUUCGGGAUUGGCUUUCAGACUUGGAAAUUACAGUUGAUUCUGAAGAGGUUCUCUUUGAAACAGUUUUGAAAUGGGUUCAGAGAAACGCUGAAGAGAGAGAGAGAUACUUUGAAGAACUUUUUAAAUUGCUCAGGUUGUCCCAGAUGAAACCUACCUACCUUACUCGGCAUGUCAAACCAGAGAGGCUGGUGGCCAAUAAUGAAGUUUGUGUCAAGCUGGUGGCCGAUGCUGUGGAGAGGCACGCUCUGAGAGCUGAGAAUAUACAGUCCGGCACAUUCCAGCUUCCCACGUCUCAUGUCUCAUUGUUACCUCGCUAUGGGCAAAAUAUGGAUGUGAUCAUGGUUAUUGGAGGUGUGUCAGAAGGAGGCGAUUAUUUAAGUGAAUGUGUGGGAUAUUUUGUUGAUGAGGACAGAUGGGUGAACCUGCCCCAUAUUCAUAAUCACCUUGAUGGACAUGCUGUUGCGGUAACAGAAUCCUACGUGUAUGUUGCUGGAUCAAUGGAACCAGGGUUUGCCAAAACUGUGGAAAGGUACAACCCAAAUUUGAAUACAUGGGAGCAUGUUUGUAGUUUGAUGACGAGGAAGCAUUCUUUUGGGCUAACAGAAGUCAAAGGGAAGCUGUAUAGCAUUGGUGGACAUGGCAACUUUAGUCCUGGCUUUAAAGAUGUGACCGUUUAUAAUCCUGAGCUCGAUAAAUGGCACAAUUUGGAAUCGGCACCAAAGAUUCUUCGAGAUGUCAAAGCGCUCGCCAUCGAAGACCGAUUUGUGUACAUUGCUGCCCGCACUCCUGUGGACCGAGACACUGAGGAUGGCUUGAAGGCUGUGAUUACAUGCUAUGAUACAGAAACUCGACAAUGGCAAGAUGUGGAAUCUUUGCCGCUUAUUGACAAUUACUGCUUCUUCCAGAUGUCUGUGGUCAAUUCAAACUUUUAUCAGACGGCAUCAUGCUGUCCCAAGAGCUAUUCUUUAGAAAAUGAAGAGGCAGUAAGAAAAAUUGCCAGCCAAGUGUCUGAUGAGAUCCUUGAAAGCUUGCCUCCAGAAGUCCUAAGCAUUGAAGGGGCAGCCAUUUGUUAUUACAAAGACGAUGUCUUCAUUAUUGGAGGCUGGAAAAACAGUGAUGAUAUUGACAAACAGUACCGGAAAGAAGCCUACCGAUACUGUGCAGAGAGAAAGAGGUGGAUGCUCCUUCCUCCCAUGCCACAGCCUCGUUGUAGAGCCACUGCUUGUCACGUCAGGAUCCCAUACCGGUACUUGCAUGGCACACAGAGAUAUCCUAUGCCUCAAAACCUAAUGUGGCAGAAGGACCGCAUCAGACAGAUGCAAGAAAUACAUCGGCAUGCCCUGAACAUGCGGCGAGUGCCAAGUUCUCAGAUUGAAUGCUAAAUUCUUUAACACAUGCAGCUUAUAAACUGUUCUCCGUGUUUCAUGAGGCUGAAGAUAUCCAGACUGUUACUUGAAAAAGUAUGUUGAUAACUUAUUUUCUACCUGGACUGAUUAUUACUCCGUGUAAAGGAAGUAUAGUUAAAACUGAAGAAUGGGAAACUGAAUUCAAUACAUGGUAAUUUUUGUUAGUUUGUGAUCUUUUAUCUGUCUUUGGUUUGUGUGUGUGUGUACAAGCUAAAUAAGAUCUUAUUAAAGACAAGUGGAAAAAGCAGGUCUAAUUACUUGGCUGUUUUUCUGCCAACAAGUUAUGACUCCUUUUUCUUAAGGGAUUUAUAUUUUGAACAUGCUUUAAGAACCAAUUUUAGGGGCUGGGGAGAUAGCUCAGUCGGUAGAGUGCUUGCCUUGUAAGCACAAGGCCCUGGGUUCGAUCCCCAGCACCCAAAAAAAAAAAAAAAAAAAAAAAAGAACCAAUUUUAUUUGCACAUUUACUUUGAUAUUCCUUUUCGUUUUUUAUAGAAUGGUUGGUUUCAACAAGAUCAGAAUUUAUGCAUUAAGCCCUCGUCCACAGGAGUCAUGUGCAAUAGUGAGACUGAAAUUUAAAGAAAAAAGCACAAUAUUCAGCAAGAUGAUUUCAGAAUGUUUGCAUUGAUAUUUUGUUAUUUGUCUUUAUCUAGAAGUGCUGUUUUCAUUUCUAGAUGAUUGGCUCAUGGUGUUUUUGUUUUUUGAUUUUACUUCUUUAGCAGCUAUUUAUAGACUUCCAAGCCAAUCACCCUGAGAUGGUAGUUGGCAAAAAAUUGAACACAGAAUAAGUUGCAUAUGUGAGAUUUGUUUCUUCAAGAAGAAAAGUUUAAAACAAAAAAAAAAGAAGAGGAAGAAAAAGGAAAGUAUUAUUAAGCGUAGACUGAGAAAUCAAAUGAAUUUAAAACUUUUUUUCAGGAGUUGCAG